UGGUAAUGGAAAUAUUCCGUUCCCCAAUUUGAUAAGAAAAAAUAAUGGUCAUACAUUUGAUAAAAAAAAUAUUCUGAGUCAAGAGUUUCCCCAUACAUUAUAGUGUUAAAAAUUGAAAAAAAUGUAUUUGAUCACCAGCAUCGAAAAAAGGAAUAAAAACGUACGCGCGGGGAAAAAAUCUGACUCAGAUAAAAAAAGAAUAACCCUCCCCCUUUUUUAAGUUAAGUGGUUGCUACUUUAUGAAAGCCGUUUUUAUAAUUUGCAGUAGUUUGAAUAUACUAGAGAUGUCUAGAUUACGCAUUAGAAAACGUUAGCUUUAGCAGCUUACUUACAGCCGAAAAAAGGAUUGAGAUAUUAGGGAUCACUACAUUUUUAUCUUUUCUGUUUGUUUUAAAUGGUAUUUCCUCUCCAAGCAGUAUUUGGUAAAAGAAUAGGGGCUAGUACAAGCAGCUUUUUACCGGAAUCUUACAUUUAUAUGAAUUUGUUUGUUUUGCUGAUUAGUGUAUUGGCUAAUGUACAUAGUAAAUCUGAAGAGGCAGUUUUCUUGUUCUUUGUUCUCCAUUGCAUAACCAUUGGACAGGACAUGCUAUUCAUUGGUAUAUACCAACCUAUAGGAGAUGCAACAUAUGAGGUAGACAGGCAACCUAACACUAUAAAGAAUGUGUACAGAUUUAGUCUUGGUAUAUGCAUUUUGAACUUGAUAAUAAAACCAGUGACUGCUUUCCUGGUGUACAAAGUGUGGCAAGAAAGACGGGGAAAUCCGGUUACGCUUCCAUGUAACAUUCCUUGGAUAGCGGCAUCUGCUCUACCAACAAAGCGGAACAGAAGAUCGUCGAAAUCUUCGGAUGCCGACUCGGAAAUAGAGACGGACCUAAUUGAAGGCAUUAUCACGGUCUUGACAGAUCAGCUGAAAGGUGCUUUGAUAGAACAACUACGCGAUGGGUAAAGGAAGCAGUCUCCUGUCAAUACGUCGAAACUAAUGAUGAUAUCAUAGUGUAUUAAUUUUUCUAUCGAAUCUGUCCAUCUGACAAUAUAAAGACUAUAAUGAAAAUAAUGUUCUCCUUGCAAUAAUAAUAAUAAAAA